AUGGAUGUCAUUCUGGAGUUCUGUGAUGAAUGGGCCUUGGACAAGGCCUAUGCCUAUUUCCUCCCAUACCCUUCUCAACCCUCUACCAUCAUCGCUUCGACAAACGCCUCGGCAUCCUCCCUGUCUUCCCUCUUCAACUCUUCCUCCUACGCUUCCUUCGCUUCUCAUCUGCAUACCCUCGAUCCAAGCGUCAAAUCUGGCUCACUCCUCCCUCGAGACAGCAUCCUACGACAAUGUAUAUCCAUUUACACCAUCGCGCUCGUAGGCGCUUUGAUCCUGUACUACCUCUUCUGCUCCAUCUCGUACUAUUUCUUCUUUGACCGUCGGUUAGAACAUCACCCGAGGUUCCUCAAGAAUCAGAUCAGGAUGGAGAUCAAGUCAAGCAUGAUUGCGGCGCCUUGGAUUGACCUAUUCACCCUCCCUUGGUUCCUCGGCGAAGUACGAGGUCAUUCAAAGUUGUACAACAGGGUAGACGAUUACGGUUGGGCCUAUCUCGUGGCGUCAACGGUUGGAUUCAUGUUCUUCACCGAUUUCAGCAUCUACUGGAUUCACAGGUUGGAGCACCACCCGAGGAUCUACAAACACAUUCACAAGCCACACCACAAGUGGAUCAUGCCCACACCUUGGGCUGCUCUCGCUUUCCACCCAGUCGAUGGAUAUGCUCAGUCCCUGCCUUAUCACAUCUUUGUCUACGUCUUCCCCAUGCACCGAUACCUCUACAUGGUGCUCUUUGUCUUUGUCCAACUAUGGACGAUCCUCAUUCACGACGGAGACAUGAUCACAGAUCAUUUCCUGGAGCGAUACAUCAACUCGCCAGCACAUCACACCUUGCAUCAUCUGUACUUCACUUGUAACUAUGGCCAGUACUUUACCUGGGCAGACUCUUACUUUGACUCGUAUCGUGCACCUGAGCCCGAGCUCGACCCUCUGAUCGAGUCGUUGCGUAUGAUGAAGGAGAAGGGAUUGAUCGACGAUGCUGGGAACGAGAUCAAGCAGGAGAACAAGAAGACAAAGUAG